UGCAAUCCCAUCAGAGCUGCACAGGACCUUUGGGGUAUGGUCUCUCUGUGCCAUGGCCAUUGUCCUGCCAGGCGCGUGGGUCUUUGCUGCAAGUUCCAUGGUCAUUGGUAUCUACGGCGGAGGGCCUGCUGUUGAGAUCUGGGGCACCCUAGCUGUCGGAGCCGCUCUAUGUUCAUAUUUCACCGGGUCAUUUGAGUCGAUCACAGUUGCGUUUAUCCCACCAGUGUUGAUACUCGUCCUCUCUGAACUCACUUUCACUUGUGCAUGCCUUUUCCACCAAGACUAUGUGCCAAAGAGGUGGCAAAUCUGGUUACUGUUCCAGCUUUUCAACGUCAUAUACCUCUUUGGCAUAAAGUACAUGACCACCAUCAUCGGGGAACUGAAUCGAGUUGGCAUUAUGGUACUUUUCACUGGGUUGAUUGUCACUAUUGGAGUCAUGGUGGGAAUGUCCAAUGGAGACAGGCCUCCAAAUGCGUUCCUGUGGACAAGUUUCGAAAAUGGAAGUGGCUAUAGCUCUCCUGUCAUGGGCGCGUUGCUUGGGUUGCUGGGGCCCCUAUAUGCGUACGGUCCGCCACACUGGAUGCUGAAUCUAGCUGAUGAGGUCGAAAACCCCAAGAGAAGCAUACCUAUUGCCUUGCUGGUAGGACAGAUUGGCAACAUCACCACAUUGUUUGCUUUCUACGUUGCCGUCUACUACUGUAUCGACGAUUACAACAGCCUCCUAGACACGACGUUCCCUUCCUUAGUAGGACAGCUUUACCUGCAGGGCACAAAGUCGCCUAUUGCUGCCCUUUUCUUGCUACUAUUGGUCAUUGCACCGUCUCUCUUCGGCACUUAUGGGACCUUUGUUUUUCAACUUAUUUCUGCCAACAUCCGGCUUCUUUGGGGUUACUCUCGGUCAGGAUCACUACCAUAUCAACGCUUCUGGAUGAAGGUCGACAUUAAGCACAAUAUACCUGUCAACGUCUUGUACGUCUCAAUCGCCGUCAACUUCCUCAUGAGCUUCGUCUACCUCGGCUCGGAAGUUGGCUUCAACAUUAUCAUCGAUUCGGCCAAUUUCUUUUACAACUUGGGCUUUCUCCCUUUACUGGCAGCAUCACUCUUGACCAGGAGAAGGUAUCUAGAAGCAGCACCAAAGUCGUACUUUCGCAUGUCAUAUACCGUGGGAACCUGCUGCGAAGUGCUCAGCUUUCUGUUUAAUGCAGGCUGUGUAGUUGUGGAGUCUUUUCCAGGUUCAUAUCCUGUAACGGCAGAGAACAUGAACUAUACCAUCGUUUUUGGAGCUGCUGGUAUUUUGGCAACGACCUUGGGAUGGAUAUUCCAUGGCAGAAAACACUAUCUGAUCGAGGGACUGGAUGGGGUAGAUGAAGAGGUCGAGCAACCAACCGAAGUCGUCAUAUCUCCAAAGGAGCAAGAAGCAGUUGACGAAGAGAAAUAGUUGGAUAGCGUUCUACGACGGCUGGUUGAGGGACACAGCCUGGUAGCUAAGAUGGAAGCAUCCCAAGAUAAGGGGAGCUACCUAGUAAGGCUAGAGAGGAAGAUUGUAUAGAGGGUUUAAGUAAGGUACUGUAGCUGGUCACGGUGCCUG